AUGGGGUCCCUAAUGGCCUCUCUCACCCUUGUAUUGACUUUACUUUCUCUUACCUUCCCUUCUCAAAUUUGUGCUGAUCACUACAUGUACUCUUCUCCUCCACCUCCCAAGAAAUAUCCUCCGGUGUCUCCUCCCUACCAUUCUCCAUCCCCACCAUCACCGAUUUACUCACCUCCUUCCCCAUCUCCUCCGAUUUACUCUCCUCCCAAGGGUCCUUCCCCAUCUCCUCCGUCUUACUCUCCUCCCAAGGGUCCUUCCCCAUCUCCUCCUUCUUACUCUCCUCCCAAGCAUCCUUCCCCAUCACCUCCGUCUUACACCCCUCCCAAGGGUCCUUCCCCAUCACCUCCGGCUUACACCCCUCCCAAGAGUCCUUCCCCAUCUCCUCCUUCUUACUCCCCUCCCAAGGGUCCUUCCCCAUCUCCUCCGUCUUACACUCCUCCCAAGGGUCCUUCCCCAUCACCUCCGUCUUACACUCCUCCCAAGGGUCCUUCCCCAUCUCCUCCGACUUACACUCCUCCCAAGGGUCCUUCCCCAUCACCUCCGUCUUACUCUCCUCCCAAGGGUCCUUCCCCAUCUCCUCCGGUCUACUCUCCUCCUAAGGGCUACCCUUCUCCAUCACCUCCGGUCUACUCUCCUCCUAAGGGGGGUUACCCUUCUCCAUCUCCUCCGGUCUACUCUCCUCCUAAGGGUUACCCUUCUCCAUCUCCUCCGGUCUACUCUCCUCCCAAGCAUUACCCUUCUCCCUCGCCUCCGGUCUACUCUCCUCCUAAGGGGGGGUUACCUUCUCCAUCACCUCCGGUCUACUCUCCUCCUAAGGGGGGUUACCCUUCUCCAUCUCCUCCGGUCUACUCUCCUCCCAAGCAUUACCCUUCUCCCUCGCCUCCGGUCUACUCUCCUCCUAAGGGGGGUUACCCUUCUCCAUCACCUCCGGUCUACUCUCCUCCUAAGGGUUACCCUUCUCCAUCUCCUCCGGUCUACUCUCCUCCUAAGGGUUACCCUUCUCCAUCACCUCCGGUCUACUCUCCUCCCAAGCAUUACCCUUCUCCCUCGCCUCCGGUCUACUCUCCUCCUAAGGGUUACCCUUCUCCAUCGCCUCCGGUCUACUCUCCUCCCAAGCAUUACCCUUCUCCCUCGCGACCCGUCUACUCUCCUCCCAAGCAUCACCCUUCUCCCUCGCGACCCGUCUACUCUCCUCCCAAGCAUCACCCUUCUCCCUCGCGACCAGUCUACUCUCCUCCCAAGCAUCACCCUUCUCCCUCGCGACCAGUCUACUCUCCUCCAAAGCAUUAUCCUUCCCCAUCACCUCCAGUCUACUCUCCACCAAAAGCUCCUUACCAUUAUCCAUCCCCUCCUCCACCUCCUAAGAAGAGUGGUUAUCCUACUCCAUCACCACCAGUCUACCCUCCUCCCAAGCAUUACCCUUCUCCGUCACCACCAGUCUACCCUCCUCCCAAGCAUUACCCAUCUCCGUCACCUCCAGUCUACCCUCCACCAAAAGCUCCUUAUCAUUAUCCCUCUCCUCCACCACCUCCUAAGAAGAGUGGGUACCCACCUAAGACACCUUCCCCCCACCACCAUCACUACCACCACCACCACCGCUCCCCAGCACCACCAAAGGCUCCUUACCAUUAUCCAUCUCCUCCUCCGCCAAUGAAAGGGUAUCCUCCUAAGACACCUGUCCCGCCGCCUCACACGCCCUAUGUCUAUGCUUCACCACCCCCUCCCUACCACAACUAAAGAAUGUCUUUGCAUAGCUAGAAUCUUUAUGGUUUGAAGAAUAUGUAUUGAGAGAAAUAAAAAAAGCGACGGAAUGAAGGAAGCAUAAAAUCCACAAACGAAGGAUCAACACAAUGGAGGCAAAGUUUCCCGCAUUUUGUCUUUAAGAGAACAUAACGCUAUAUAUGUUAAGAGUUAAUUUACCUAGUUUCCCUGUCUCUUUCUGGUUGGAGUGGGUAGUGUAUUUAGAAAAUUGUAAGCUGUAAGGCACGUUGUGCUUUUAUAUAUAUAUGGUCCCCAUAUGUACUGCCUUCUGUUACUUCAAUAUCAAUGGUACGACAUUGCAUGCA